AUGCCCAUGGUUCAUUGUUGUAAUCUUUUCUCAGAAGCUGAGGUAACUGUUGAGGUCAUGCAAAGUGAGAGGUCAGUGAACAUUGAGCUGGAAGGCACAGCACCAAAAGAGGCAGUCUCAUUUGAGAUAUCAGGAGAAGAGGUGGUCUCAAUAGAAGAUCUACCAUCAGAAGACAAAGCAGUAGUGAUUCGUACUCUUCCAACUCAGCCUGCGCCUACAGAAGAAAAGACAGAGAGACUGUUGUCUUUACCAGAAGAGGAGCUUGAAAUGGCUACUACGAUCAAAAUAGCUCCCUCUGAAGAACUUGAAGCUGAAGAACUUGAGGUGUUUGAUGAAUCACGACCAGCUCCUGAUAAGAAACCAGGAGAUCAAGCUGUGACUGUUGAUGUUGGCAAGAAACCAUCUGUUAUCAGGGUUGAGUCACUUGAGAGAGCUCCUCUACCAGUCAGGGAGCGCAUGGAGUCUUACCCAGAAGAAGAGUUGUCCGAGGCUUCUGUUGUUAAACUAGUUCCUGAGAGAGAGGAUGAAGCAGAAGAGCUGCCUAGAGAGGAACUGGACAGAGCAGCAGCAGACCAGAUCAAAGAUAUUUCUGUUGACAAAGCUACAAAGAAGACUGUCCAACCAAGGGAAGCACCAGAAGAGGUAUCCCUGAUUCAACCCAGGAAGCCUCUGGAAUCGAUGACGGAAGAAGAACUUCAAGAAGCUGUUACUGUUCAGCUUGCCCCGACAGAGGAGUUAGAAGCUGAGGAGAUAACACCAGAACAACCUGCAAAACUACGUCCACAGAAAUCAGUUGAAGAGGUUGUUCCCUUGGAUCAGGUUGAUAAGCAGAAAGUAUCUGUUAUUAGAGGUCCAGCUGAGGUGGAAGCAACAUCCUCUGUUCCAAUUGUAGAGAGACUUGGAUCAGUCUCGGAGGAAGAGCUUGCUGAAGCAACAACAAAGGCGUACAUCCCUGAGGACAUUGAGGAAGCAGCUGAGCUUCCAAAGCCAGUUACAGUUGACAUCACUGCAGAGGAAAUCGCAAAAGUUGAUGUCACAGUCGGCAAGGUUUCCAAGAAGAAACCAGCAUUGAUUACAGCUACACCACAAGAAAUAGAACUGACUAUUACGCCUACUCCUGACACACAAGAGGCAACUGUUUCACUGAAGCGACUUGGUUCUGUCAUUGAAGAAGAACUUCGAGAAGCUGCUGUGAAGCCAGUUACAGAGAAAGAGGAGGAAGCUGAAAGUUUUGUGAGCGAUGGGGUCCCGGAAGCAGUACCAGAGGAACUUCCAAGUGAAGCCGCAGACAAGGUAGGCAAGAAGGCACCAUCUGUCAGGACAGCUCCUGAAGAGGUGAGCAAAGUAAAACCUGUCAAGAAGCCGGUACCACUUAGGGAAGAGGAUGAAGCACAGAUUGAUGUUGUGUAUGAAAGGACAGAGUACCUGGACAUUGUGGAAGAGGAAGAUUUGAAAGAAGCUUCUACACAAAGACUGCCUCUUGAGAAAGAAGGCGAGGCGGAAGAAUUUGAAGUCGGUAAGGUUCCUGAAGCUAGACCAGAGGAGGUGCCUAGUGAAGAUGUGUCUUUGGAAAUGAUAUCUAAGAAGAAACCGACACCAGUCAGAGAGGCACCAGAGGAAGUCAAACUUCCAAAACCAAGACCCAAACUCGACUCAUAUGAAGAAGAAGAGCUCCAAGAGGCAGCUGUUGUAACAGUUGGUCCAGAAGUUGUUGAAGAAUCUGAGGUUCUUCCAACUGAGAUUACAGAAGAGUAUUCUCCUGAAACGGCAACAGCCAGUGUUGACAGAGCUUCCAAAAAGCAAGUCCCACUGAGAGAUGCACCCGAGGAGGUUAAACUUCAACGACCCACAGCUCGCAUGGCUUCUGUUGAUGAGGAAGACCUCAAAGAAGCCGUUUCAAUCAGUGUUGCUCCUCAGAAAGAAGAGGAAGCUGAAAUUUUAGUGGAAUUGUCAAAACCAGAGGAGACAAUGUCUGAAUCUCUUCCAUCAGUUGAUGUCUCAUUGGAGGUGUCAAAGAAGCCUACAUUUGUCCGUGAAGCACCAGAAGAGGCCCAAGUGAGGAGACCUAUUGCAAAAAUGGAUUCUGUUGAGGAGGAAGAACUCCGAGAGGCUGUAACGGUCAGGGUUGCUCCUCGGAAGGAAGAGGAUGUGGAUCUUUUCACUCCCAUAGAAAUGCCUGAGGAGGUUGCCCCAGUUGAAGAAGAUAGACCAGAUACAAUUCGUGAGAGGAAGCCAGUUGUCAUCUCACAUCCAUACGAACCAGAGCCAGAAUAUAUGCCAACGAGAGAGUUGCUGGAGACCCUCCCAGAAGAACAACUUGAAACAGCACUUACAGCAAGAAUUAUCCCACGAGAUGAAUUCAAAGCCGAGACACUGACCACUGAAGAAGUCUCUCCAGCAGAGGCAACGCCUGACAAGGCACCAGUUGAGAUAACCCUUGAUUUUGGCAAGAAGCCUCUGGUUCACAGUAUGCCUGGACAAGAAAAGGGUCCACAACUGUUGGAAGAGGUUGAAGGGAUUGUUGAGGAAGACUUGGAGUCACAAAAAGCAGAGGCAACGCCUGACAAGACACCAGUUGAGAUAACCCUUGAUUUUGGGAGGAAGCCUCUAGUUCACAGUAUGCCUGGACAAGAGAAGGGUCCACAGCUGUUGGAGGAGGUUGAAGGAAUUGUUGAAGAAGACCUGGAGUCACAGAAAGCAGUAGAGGUGGUUGUGGAAGAAGAGGAGAUAGUUGUGGAGCUACCAGUUGCACCUGUCAUCACUGACAAGUUUAAGAGCAAGGCAAGUGUUGAUAAUAAUUUCCUCAUUUAG